UCAGUACCCAGUACCCAGUACCACACCCCCCCUCGAUUGUCCUUUUGCAUCAAUGUCCUGACACUUGCAUCGUUGUCUCCUCUCCCCCUUCUCUCCUUCCAGCACUUUUGGCAACUCAAACAACCCCGCUCCACCGCUUACAAUUCCUACAUAUCCGUACCUGUACGACACUGAGAAUUAGAAAUCAAAUUGGAAGCAAACUCUACAAAGUUCGAGCCCUCAAGUAUCCGUAAAUCUACUGUAAUCGCCCAUUUUUGACCACGCAGCCGGCCGCUCUUCAACGACUCGACUUGGCUUUGCUCAUCACCUCACUCUCACAUCUCCCGCAACGGACCGAACGACCUGUCAUCCUUUUUUUCCCCCUCCUGAUUUGGGAUAUUUUCCUUUCCUUGUCGCCUCCCUCCUCUUGUUGAAUCGGCCAGUAACAAGUCAACAAACACUCUAUUCAAUCUGCCGUCGAACUCUGCCUGGCCUGUUACCACUUCCACCACCUUACUUACUUAUCUGCACCCGCAUCAUGCAAAGUGCCUAAUCACCUCACUGUCCACUUGACAUAUCCGCCCUUCCAACCCCCGGUCUUCCUGCCAUCCUGCACCCGCACCCUUACAUCCUUCACCCUCGACGUCGCCCUCGCCCUCGCCUUCACCCGCUGUGUCGUCGCUUUAUAAUCACACUCGGGCUCGCUGCCAACCUUCAUCAUGUCCACACCAGAGCUUCAGUACCCGGCGUCCUAUCUCCAGCCUCAGAAGCCAACGGAUCGCGUACUCUCCUUCCGCUCUCAAUACCAAGUCCCCACCACCAUGAAUCCCUGGGAAUCAUGUGCACUUCAGUACCAAUUUUCCGGCGAGGAUGAGCAAGCCUCCCAAGGAAACGCGGCCUCUUGGCGACAACCCCAGCCCGCCGCCGAUCCCGUUAUGUACCCCGGCCUGUAUUGUCCCUCCGGCUUCGACAUGAUGAGCAUUCUUCUGCGUGUUGCUGGCAGGCCCAACCCCAAGGUCAAACUCGGCGCCAUCGACUGCUCCGUCGCCUUGUUGCUAUGCGACCUUGAGCAGCCAGACACCCCGAUCGUCUACGCAUCCGAACAUUUCAGCAUCCUGACCGGCUAUUCGAACAAGGAAAUCCUUGGCAAGAACUGCCGUUUCCUCCAAGCCCCCGGCGGCAAGGUCUCUCAGAAGUCAUCCCGCAAGCACGUCGACAAGAACGUCGUCAAUGACAUGCGCAAGGCCGUCGAGGCCAACGACGAGGUCCAGCUCGAGGUUCUCAACUUCAAGAAGGACGGUACCCCCUUUGUCAACCUGCUCACCAUGAUUCCCGUCCGCUGGGAAUCCCAGCAUUUCCGAUACUCCGUCGGCUUCCAGGUGGAGCGGGAGGAUUGAUCGUAUACUACACACGCCGGAGGGCGAUCAUCGAACCUCGACCGGCUUCAGCAAUCCCCUUCUAGGGGCGGACGGUACCGCUUCCGCGACACCGGCACCUUUCUUUACGAGGCAGCACACGCGCCCACCAUUUCAUACAAGCGCGGCAUCCGCUAUUAGGCAUUUACGAUACCCAUGUUACGCAUGCGAGUUAGAGCUCAGGCAUCUCGGGAACGAAACGACUUUCAGUUAUCCCGUUUUGAAGUUUUUUUCAAGGCGUUUUAUCCAUCGGUAUUUCAGAGAGAACGAACAUGAUCAUUUUUUCCAUCAACAACCGCAACAAAAAAGCGAAACGUACUGCAUUAGGAAUCCGGAGUCACUUUUAGGUGCAUAGGAGAAUAUCAUCGGCCACCCCACCUCGUUGGAGUCUUUUUGCCCAGUUGGGUGGCCAGCAAAGCAUUGGUUUCUGGGACGAAUCGCGAACAAGGCUUACAGCAUCUGGGACGGCGUUAGAUCAGUCGGGGCACUGGCCCUUUGACUGGAGGUUUCUGGGGAUUUUUCAUCAUGUACUACACAUGGUAUCUUGAUCAUGACGAAAUAGCUUAGCACAGAUGAAGGCCCAGGCCGUCGGCGAAUGAACCAUCUGCGUUUCUUUUCGGGACACUAUCACAUCCCUUGACUCAGCGCCGAAAUCAAAGUGACGGGUCAGGCCGCAUCCAUCCUCAACAUGGGUCUGAUAUCCGUUCCUACCGACACCAAUGGAAUUUGAAAUACCUGGGAGGUGUUGGACAUUCCCAAACGGCCGUGCCGGACCCCUCUUUGCACACUUAACUGACCCAGAUCGUAUGCGUCAUUGUGACAAGUCUAUCGAAUACCAGUAACCACCAAAAAGAACAGAAAGAAAUAGAAAGAGAACAGGGUAGGUAGCCAUUUUAAUGAAGCUCGUCGCUGCGGGACAUGGUUGCUACACAGUACUCUGUCAUGUACUCAACGUCAGGUCCCCCCCCCCUCUUUUCCGGUGGUUUCCAAACUCGGGCAGGACAAAGAAUACGGGGCUAUUGGCUUCGUAGCUUGGAUCUGAACAAUGCCCAACAGAAAGCGGCUGAUCGG